CUUUUAUUGAAACCGAGAAGACAAAAAAAAAAAAGCGCCACCAGGUGUGUUAAUCAAGAACGAAUAUUUCAUUCCUAUGCUGUUUUCUUCCCUGUUUGGGUACUCUGGUUUUUUCGUCUCCAAAACAUCAGCUUUUCUAUCCAAUCACCAACUUCUCAGGGGUUCAUUCAUUCUUGAUUUCAACACCAUUCCGAAAUACCAAUCUCACCACUUCUCGGCUGGUGAAUUUAAUGCAUAAGGAGUCAAAAAUAAAGCUCAAAGCACGUAGAAAGGUUGUUGAUAUUUAGGUACGAAACAGCUAAGAAUCAGGGACUCAGAUCUCUGCCGCUAUGUCCUCAUCUUUUCCAGCUCUUCCUACUCCUUUCAAAGAGAAAUAUCCCAAAUUGCCUGAUUCUUUUCAGGUUUCCUCAGAGAGGAAAGUGAUGAAGAACUCCAUAUCGCCUCAAGAAUCUUCAUUAGCUCCCAGCAACAGAACCCUUGGGAAUUCGUUUUCAUCCCCUUCCAUAGCGAACAAUGAUAUGUGUGCCUCAGCUCUAGCACAUGAUCGACAUUCUCAAAGUCCUGCAUUUAUUUCUCAGCGUUCAAGGGAUUUAGCAUCUUUGCCAUCAAUUGAUUCUUCGUAUUCAGAUCAGUCCACAGCUUUGUUUAAUCAUCCACAGGAAAAGAAGGAUGUUUCUUGGUGUAUAGAUCGGCUUCAAGACUUUCUUGAUCUGCCUGAAAAUGUUCCUGAUCCAAAUGGGCUGUUGGAAAGCAGCACUGGUGUCAUGGCAUCUGAGGACCACAGUAAGAGAACUGAUUGGCAAGAGUGGGCAGAUCAGUUGAUCUCUGUUGAUGAUCCUCUGGACACAGACUGGAGGGAGUUUCUGGAUGAUACCAAUGCCUCAGAUCCCAAAGUGAAGGUGCUGAAUUCUUCUGGUGAUAUCUCAAAGCAACAGCCUCAGUUUCAUCAGAAUCAACCUGCACCACAUGGAGAAUUUUCUAGUGAUGCUUACCCAUUGUCCCCUGCUCCUCCAACAAGGCCCCGUAUGCGUUGGACACCAGAGCUUCAUGAGGCUUUUGUGGACGCUGUUAAUCUACUGGGUGGCAGUGAACGAGCUACUCCAAAAGGCAUCUUAAAGCUCAUGAAAGUUGAAGGCUUGACAAUCUAUCAUGUUAAAAGUCAUUUGCAGAAAUAUAGAACUGCCAGAUACAAGCCAGAAUCAUCAGAAGGAACAUUGGAGAAUAAAAUGGCUUCAAUUGGAGAAAUGAAAUCCUUAGACUUGAAGGCGGGUAUGGGAAUCACUGAAGCAUUGCGAUUGCAGAUGGAAGUUCAGAAGCAGCUCCAUGAACAACUUGAGAUUCAGAGAAAUUUGCAGUUGCGAAUUGAAGAACAGGGAAGGUAUCUGCAGAUGAUGUUUGAGAAACAAAAAAGGAUGGAGGAUGAAAGGAGUGGGGCCCCCUCCUUCAACCUAGAUGAUGCUUCUGCUUCAUUACCAGGCUUAACGUGCCCAUCUUGUGCGAAUGAUAAAUCAGAAGCCUUAGAGCAGGUUCACACAAAAACUGGAAUUGACACAAGAAAUGCUAGCACUACUGAGCACAAAAGUUCCCAGGAUGUAAGCAGGAAGCAGAAGGCAUUGGAAACAAAUACUGCUGACCAUAUAGAGACAAAUGACAAUGAGUCUGGCUCCCCACUCUCAAAACGAGCAAGAACAGAGAAAUAGCAGCAUUGUUGGCUUUGCAUCUGAUAAAUAAUCUUUCUAUAGGCCCGCAUAGCACUGCUCCUGGAGAAGUUGUCAGACAGAUAAUUAUGCUGACAGAAACCAGGAGUUUUUGAAACAUUAGAUCUUACAUUGAUCUUUAUGUGAAUACUCCUUAGAUGACUAGAUGUGAUGUACUCUUCAUUUGGAAAGAAUCAUGGCUCUGCUUCUGAUUGUUUCCAUCAGUCCUCUUGACCUUCCUAAUCUAUAGUAUUUGCAUUGAGACCUGAAAUUACAAGAGGACUCAUUGGCUUUCUCUUGCUUGUGCAACACCGUGUGCUUGUGCUUUGUAAUUAACUAAUGUUGUAAGUGAUUAGGAUUACAUUGGUAUUUUACAGUUAUAUCGAGAAAAACAAACUUGGGUAAGCUCCAUGCAGUGGAUUUGUUCAUUUGAGAUGUAGUACUGCGGAUCCCGCCGUGCACAUCAGAGAACGGCCAGUAUCAAAGCCCCUGAAGGUAAAAAAACAAACUCAGUGAGGAGAAAUUGUCAGUUAAUUCACUUGUUGAGUUUUGUCCAAGCCAUUGCAUUUGGAUUGAGAAAUGGCACUGGAAUGGCAGUUCCACUGCAAAUGCAUUGAAAAAUCCUAUAUGCAGCAAAGCCUUGUAAUGACUAAUUUGGAAACAACACAUGCUGUUUGUAAAGCUGUGAUGCUCCUUCAAAGUUGAGAUUUAACUCACUUGGAUGUUUGUAUAUGUUGAAUCUUUGCUAAUUUCCUUGUACAUGAAAUCAUUAGUCAUUAAUCAGAAGGCUGGAUUUGUAGA